AAAGUCCUGCUCGAUCGCACCCCACAUGCACAGCAGCAGCUUGGAAGGACCUGCUUUCCAUUUUGUAUUUUUUUUUCUCUUUUUAACCUGUGCUGCCUCAGGCGCCCAGCCAGGGGUGAGCCCAGCUGCUGUGCUGGCCAUGAACACCACACGCUCUGCAUUCUCCUUGCAGCCCCUGCUGCUGAACGCCAGCGAGGACCUCAACGACUCCGUCCCCACCAACCGCAGCGGCGACGGGUUCUGCGAGCAGGUCUUCAUCAAAGCCGAGGUCUUCCUGACCCUGGGCAUCAUCAGCCUGCUGGAGAACAUCCUGGUCAUCCUGGCAGUGCUGAAGAACGGCAACCUGCACUCCCCCAUGUAUUUCUUCCUCUGCAGCCUGGCCGUGGCAGAUAUGCUGGUGAGCAUGUCCAACGCCCUGGAGACCGUGAUGAUCGCCAUCCUCAGCAGCGGCUACCUGAUCAUCGACGACCACUUCAUCCAGCACAUGGACAAUGUCUUUGACUCCAUGAUUUGUAUUUCUCUGGUAGCCUCCAUUUGCAACCUCUUGGUCAUAGCCAUCGACAGGUACAUCACUAUUUUCUAUGCCCUCCGUUACCACAGCAUCAUGACGGUGAAGAAAGCCCUGACCCUCAUUGUGCUCAUUUGGGUGGCGUGCAUCAUCUGUGGCAUCAUUUUCAUUGCCUACUCGGAGAGCAAAACUGUCAUUGUGUGUCUCAUCACCAUGUUCUUCACCAUGCUGCUGCUGAUGGCCUCGCUGUACGUGCACAUGUUCCUGUUUGCCCGCCUGCACGUCAAGCGCAUCGCGGCGCUGCCCGUCGAGGGCGUGCCCGCCCAGCGCACCUGCAUGAAGGGCGCCGUCACCAUCACCAUCCUCCUGGGGGUCUUCAUCGUCUGCUGGGCGCCCUUCUUCCUCCACCUCAUCCUCAUCAUCUCCUGCCCCAUGAACCCCUACUGCAUCUGCUACACGGCGCACUUCAACACCUACCUGGUGCUGAUCAUGUGCAACUCCGUCAUUGACCCGCUCAUUUACGCCUUCAGGAGCCUGGAGAUGAGGAAGACUUUCAAAGAAAUCGUGUGUUGCUGCUAUGGCAUGAGUGUGGGACAGUGCAUGCUGUAAACACCUGGUUUUGGGUGGAAAAAACACGGCAUGGGUGUAUAAAUAUAAAUAUAUUUAUGUAGAUGUCGAGAUGCAGAGCAGCUCACU